CCCACAUUGUCGUAGGCUUCUCUGUACCCAACCCUUUUGGGGACCCAAGUGUCUGCCUCUAACCUCCCUUCACUUAAGGGACCUUGGCAUCUAGUCAGCCCAUCCCCUCCCCAGGACAGAAAGGAAAGGGGCUCCGUGAGUCAGUUCUGCCGAGCCUCUGCUGUUACUAGCCACAUCCCCUCCUACCCACAUCCUGGCCAGAAGGCCACUGUUGUAAGCUGCUCAUACCUCCUUCGGGUGCCUCCUUGCCUUUCAGGGAACAGGAGGGAGAGGCCUCUGCCCUCAGCUCCUGACCUUCAGUACCUGGCGGAAUGGUCCAUCCCUGCCUUUUGCCUCACCCCGCCCCCACCAGCCCCAGGCAGAGUGAAGUGAAGUUUGGGGGAAGGAGUAUAAAGAUGAUCUGAGUCAUCAAUCUGGUGUGAAAGCCCCCACCGCUUCCCCUUCCGGGACCCAGGCCUGGAUCCCCCAACCUCCUGCGGGCUUGGCCAGGUCUCAGUCCCCUCCUCGCCUCCCAAAACCCAAGCAUUUGGGCUCUGAUCCUCCGACUUCUCGGGUCCCAGCUCCCGGCCCCCCGACCUCCCAGGAAUUCGGGCUGUCAUCCCAAACCUUGGUUGUCCAAAGUCCCUUUUCCUCUCUGACUUCCGCUGCCUAAAGCCCCGGGCACCUAGUCUCCCGGUUACUGCCCUCUCGUGAGAACAAGGCACCUCCAGUCCCCGAGGACCAGGUCAAGGAUGCAGCUCUGCGGGGUGCUGGCCCUGCUCUCUGGGAGUCUUGCUCUGGCCCUGCUGCUGGUCGCCCUGAGCACUGAUAACUGGAUCGCUGCCGAAAGCUCUUACUACUGGGCUCACUCCGGCCUCUGGCAUCCCGACGGGGAUUCUGUGAAAGAUUUCAUCCUGGCCACCAGAGUCUUCAUGAUCCUGGCUGCUCUGGAGGGUCUGCUGUCCAUCUGCUGUCUGAUCCUCUUCCUCACUCCAACCCUCUGCAACUCCAGCUUCAGCCACUUGGCCUCUCUGAUCUUUUGCAUCACAGCCUUUGCUGCAGUCCUCUGCAGCACCGUGGGAAUGACUAUUUACACCGGAGAGCGAUGGAAAGAGUCUGGUCAGAAUCCCAAGAUUCAGACGACCUUUGCCUGGUCCUUCUACAUGGGAUGGAUUUCUGUCAUCUUCUUCCUUUUCACCGGGGUCCUGAGCCUUGUGGUGCACUGGAGCGCUCCCCGGCCCAACUACGAGAUAACAGCUUGAGAACCAGUCCUAGAUUCGAUGAAUAAACCAAAAGUUGCUCAUUGGA